CUAGUUUGUCUCAGAAAAAAAAAAAAAAAUCAUCACUUUUCAAUGAAAUUUCCAACCCCCCAAGUCCACCUAUAUCAGUUUACUUAUUCCUUUUAAUAUUACCGAUUUCAGCUUACCAAUUGUUCACGCACUCAUACACUAAACAACUACGGAGGAAAGAACACAGAUAGUUCACAAAAUGGUUCAGCAGCUACACAUAUUCUUCUUCCCAUUUUUGGCCCAUGGCCACAUGUUGCCUUCCUUGGACAUGGCCAAGGUGUUCAUCUCUCGAGGGAUUAAAGCCACCAUGAUCACAACUCACUACCACGUCCCAAUGUUCGAGAAGGCAAUUGAAAGAAGCAAAGAAUUGGGAUUCGACAUUUCCGUUCGAGCAAUCAAAUUCCCAUCGUCAGAUUCCGGAUUGCCUGAAGGAAUCGAGAGCUUUGACCAGCUGAAGUCGGACGACUUGCUUCCCACCUUCAUUUUGGCCACGACCAAGCUCCAAGAACAACUGGAACAGCUCUUAGAAGAAUGCCGCCCGCAUUGCAUCGUCGCCGAUAUGUUCUUCCCUUGGGCGACUGAAGCUGCGGCCAAAUUCGAUAUUCCCAGAUUGGUUUUCGGCGGAACAAGUACAUUUGCGAUGAGUGCUAUGGAAUCUCUCCGACGGAACAGGCCUUACGACCACGUUUCCUCCGACUCCGAACCGUUUGUGGUGCCUGAAAUUCCUCACGAAAUAAAGAUGACCAGAGGAGAGAUUUCAGUGUUUGAGAGGCAGAGAGAUGAGCAGGACACGGAUUUGACCCGAUUGUUUAAUCGGGUGAGGGAAUCGGAUGUGAACUGUUAUGGAGUGGUUGUUAACAGUUUCUACGAGCUGGAGAAAGAUUACAUUGAAUAUUAUACCAAGAAGUUAGGAAGAAAGGCAUGGCAUAUUGGCCCUUUCUUACUCUGCAACAAAGAAGUUGAAGAUAAACAGAUAUUAGAGACAUAUGAUAUUAUCUGCAUCGUUAAAUUGUACCUUAAUUUGUCAUAG